CAAAACUUCCGUAUCUCCUCACGUUCGCGCUCAUCUUCCUUUGUAUACUCUCUGCAGAAAAUGCGUAUUUGCACUAGUAUAUACGGACCGUAUGCGUACGCUGUCUGAUCUCUUUAAAUACCGCGCUUACGGAUUUCUGUUUGCUUGCUGCUAGAAGAUGAGGGGUUGGGAUCUAACAACUGUUAUUUAAUUUUCUAGGGUUUCACGGCUCUCUGUCAAGAAUCUUGAGUUGGAAACUAGGGUCUAAUAAUUUUUUUCCCCCUUUGUUUAAGGUUUCAAGUUUUGAUUUAGAGGAUAAAUUGCAAGAAAAUUUCUUGUUAGGAAGUUAGGGCAAGAGUAGGACAGAAUCAUGUCUGCUUCAACCGUUGCGAUCACUGCGAAUCCCGUGGUCACCAAUGGCCCUUCAUUGGCAUUGGAUACAAAUUCGAAUCCAAAUGUGAGGAGGAGAACGGUUGCCAUAGCAGAGAAGAGAUCAAAUAUCGAAAUGGUCUCCGAAGGAGGGAUUUCUGGCAGCAAGGAUUUGAGCCAUUCAUUGAGGGGAGAAACUGUUGUCCAGAAACCAAAAGAAUUAUCUCACGUAAGGAAAGAGUUGGUCAAUUCCACUGUCUCACCUAGGCGCCGGAAGGCUGUGACAAAGCCUGAAAAACCCAGGUGGAAAACUGUUCUCAGCGUUCUCACUAAGAAUCUGUUGCUUCUUAUUGUGCUUUUUGGUCUUGGUCAUAUGAUUUGGAAAUCAACCUGGAAGCCAGAAGAUAGUAUUGGGGCUCCAAUUGGUGAUUUUGAAGGGCGAAUUUCAGAUAUUGAGGCCUUGGUAAAGAGUACCGCAAAAAUGAUGCAGGUUCAGGUUGAUAUCGUGGAUAAGAAGAUUGGGAAUGAGGUUGGGAGUUUGAGAAAGGAAUUGACAAAGAAAGUUGAAGAGAAAGACAUUUUGAUCCAGGAUCAGUUGAAGAAAUUAGGGGAUAGAACAGACAAUUUGGACAAGUCUUUGGCUGAAUUGAGGGAUAAGGGUUACCUCUCAAAGGAAGAGUUUGAGAAUUUUUUGAACGAGUUGAAGAGUAAAGGUGUAGGGGAAGGUGAUAAGGAUUUGAGUUUGGACGAAAUUAGGGCUGUUGCUAGGGAGAUUGUUGAGAAGGAGAUUGAGAAGCACGCUGCAGAUGGUCUAGGAAGGGUAGAUUAUGCAGUGGCUUCUAGUGGUGCCAAGGUUAUCAGGCAUUCAGAACCAUUUUAUUUCGAUAAGGGUAGCAGUUGGCUGCCCUCUGUUUCUGCUAGAAGCCGAAAUGGAGUACACUUUCUUGCCCAAAAGAUGUUAGAGCCGAGUUUUGGAGAACCUGGUCACUGCUUUCCACUGAAAGGGAGUAAUGGUUUUGUUGAGAUCAGGCUGAGGGCUGCUAUCGUUCCUGAGGCUGUUACCUUAGAACAUGUUGCCAAGAAUGUUGCUUACGACAGGUCUAGUGCUCCGAAAGACUGCCGGGUCUCUGGAUGGUUUCAAGGGCCCGAUGAUGACCCCUCGGCUCAAUCAGACGAGAAGUUUAUGUUGGUGGAGUUCACUUACGAUCUCGAUAAGAGCAACGCACAGACCUUCAACAUCAAGGCUGAUGAUGUGGGCAUCAUCAACAUGGUCAGGCUUGACUUUGCAUCCAAUCAAGGGAGCCCCUCUCACACAUGCAUAUACCGCCUGAGGGUGCAUGGCUACGAGCCUGAAUGUGUCCCAACUCUGGCACUGCAGUCAUGAGCAUGCACACACACCCUGCCGCCACCAUGGCCUACCUGAGUCUCUGUGUUGUAGCUUUCCAAUUUUUCAGCUAUAUGGUUGGGAUUCCAAUAUUCCUCUCCCUUUCUUUUCCUUACACUAAACAUGUUUUUGCCCAUGUAAAUCUUUUAAUUAUCCUCAAGUGGUAGUUGUAGUGGCCGUUGUUGCUUGUGUUGUUUGUGGUUCUGUUUUCGUUGUUUCAUUGUUGUUGUUGUUGUUGUUGUUAGUGUUUCUGGUUUUGUAAUUGUUGUUGGCAUUGGUGUAUCUGGUUUUGUUGCUCCCGCUGCUGCUCGCAUUUUUCUGGACUGUUUCCUUAAUGCAUGCUUACAAUGUUGAGUCA